UAAACAGAAUAACUUGAUCACAAAUUAAUCUGUUAUCUAAGUAUUACACCAGCUUCCUCCGCCUCUCCUUUCUCUCAUUUCCCUCCCUUCUUUGCAAUAAUAACAUUUAGCAGAAUCCCACUGGCUGUCUCUGGCUCCUGGCCAGGGACCUGUCUGCAUGACGCAAGCAGAGACUACUUAAAGGGAGAUUACAGGCAGUAAGACAGUGCUAGCAGCCUACUCGUGUAGGGGCACCUUUGAUUACCCAGCCACAGAUUAGUGCAUUCUGAGCACAAGUCACCUACCCUGGUGGCUUCCCCAGAAGAAGGUGUAAAGCCUCCCCGCAGAACCAGGUCUCCGAUGUACAGCGAUGGGAGAAUGGACUAUCUUAGAAAGACUUUUGGAGGCUGCUGUGCAGCAGCACAGUACUAUGAUAGGAAGGAUUCUGCUGACAGUGGUUGUCAUCUUCCGGAUACUUAUCGUGGCCAUUGUUGGAGAGACUGUUUAUGAUGACGAGCAAACUAUGUUUGUGUGCAACACUCUUCAGCCAGGAUGUAAUCAGGCAUGCUACGACAGGGCUUUCCCAAUCUCUCAUAUAAGAUACUGGGUAUUUCAAAUUAUUAUGGUCUGUACACCAAGUCUCUGCUUUAUUACUUACUCUGUCCACCAGUCGGCCAAGCAGAGGGAGAGACGGUACUCGACAGUCUUCUUAACUGUAGACAGAGACCAGGACACUGUAAAACGAGAGGACAGCAAGAAGAUUAAAAACACCUUGGUUAAUGGUGUCCUGCAAAACACAGAGAACUCCACCAAGGAGGCUGAGCCUGACUGCUUAGAGAUCAAGGAAAUUCCAAACCCAUCCAUUCGAACCACCAAAUCCAAGAUGAGGCGCCAAGAAGGAAUCUCCAGAUUUUAUAUCAUCCAGGUGGUCUUCAGAAAUGCUCUGGAGAUUGGUUUCCUAGUGGGACAAUAUUUCCUGUAUGGGUUUAAUGUCCCGUCCAUGUAUGAAUGUGACAGAUAUCCUUGCAUCAAAGAGGUGGAGUGUUAUGUGUCUAGGCCAACAGAGAAGACAGUAUUCCUGGUUUUUAUGUUUGCAGUUAGUGGCCUAUGUGUUGUGCUCAAUUUGGCGGAGCUGAACCACUUGGGCUGGCGAAAGAUCAAGACGGCAGUCAGGGGAGUACAAGCAAAAAGGAAAUCCAUAUAUGAGAUCAGGAAUAAGGAUUUGCCCAGGAUGGGGGUGCCCAACUUUGGCAGGACUCAGUCCAGUGACUCAGCUUAUGUGUGAGGACAUUUUAAAUACAGCGGCUGAGAACUGGGCUCGCGCAGCAUGAUGGGGGGGAGGGAGGGUGUCUGAUUAAUGGAAUGCCCUUGGACCUUAUUGCCAUUGCAUUGCAGAAAUGAGCUGGCUGGUAUAGUUAAUAUCAAUCAGCAGUAGCUGCCAGUGAUUUAAUUGGCUAAAAUCUCUGGCUUUAGUAGCUCAUAUCAAUGUUUGUGAAUAUAACUUUUUUUUAUUGGA